UCUCCCCGUCACCCGGAAGGGGACGGCCCUCCGCCGCCUUCCCUCGCCUGACUUCUUUCCUGUGGUCGGAACUUGAGCGUCGCUGGCAGCGGAGCCGCGGCAUCGGUGUCGGGCAACAAAAAGGGCGGCCCUGCCUUCAUCCUCCACCGAGUCUGGAAGCGGAGCAGCCGUGCGCUUGUCCGGCGGAGAGUGGAAGAUGGGCCACUGAUCCUCUCGGUCUCCCCCUCAGUGUUUGCAUUUGGUGGAACAAGCCUUUGACUGCCCUGGACAUGCAGUGUUCUGAAAAAAGUAUAAGCAAUGAGUGACUUUGAGUUCAUCUUUUGCAGAUGGAAAGGUCGGCUGUGGCCUGCAAGAAAACUGUUGAAGUCUGGCAUUUCUCCGAGUGAAACAUCCAAGACAAAUUCUGAUUGUUUAGAUGUCCAAAUAAUAUGCUUGGAUAAAAGGUGGAUAUACGAAAUGAAAUUCCAUGUACCCAUCACAAAGCUGCACUGGAAUUCUUAAUGACAAAUUGAUUAAGAGUUAAGCGCACAGACACAAGACCAUUUGAGGAAGAACAAGCCAAAAGCAUUAGUAGUGGAUUGGUGUGUAGAGAGGACCUUACUCAUGAAGAAACUUUGGAGGAACUGACUUACAGGAAGGCACUUCGAAUCGCCUUGAACAUUUUAGCGGGGCAAGAUUCAUAUACCACUCAAAUGACUAUAAAAGAACCUAUAAUGGCAAAGACUGCUGUUUUUGCUUCAGAAGAGCUUAAAAAGAAUGCGUGUGCUCUCAAUUUCUAAUGGAACAAAAAGAAUCUUGAAGCCAAAUGGAGUGCAUUUGCUUCAAGAACAGGGUAGUAUAUGCACUCGGCAAAGUAGCAGGAGAGCAUCCUGUGUUAAAAUACACCAGAAAAUGAACAAAAAAGAACGAGGACUAGAUCGUAUACAUUAAUCCAGUCCUUCAAUUGAAACUAAAAAUGUUACUGAAAGGAUGAAGGUGGUAGUGUAGGGAAAAGAAAAGAGGAAGGAUGCAAAAAGAUCUUUGUCACCUCCAGAAAGGUACUUCAAGUACUAGUCCAGACGAUAUGAACAGUCAUUGCAACCUAUGAAAUUGAUACCUACUGAAAAAAUAGAUCUGGGAAUAAAAAAAUUGAGAAGUCACAAGAAAAAGGAAAGUCUUCAUCCCAAGCCUGUUGUUCUAUGAUCUCUGGAGUAAAGAAAGAUCAAAAUGGAAAAGUUAAAAAGAAUAAACAGAAGUCAAGGAACUUUUGCAAAUCUACCUUUGAAGGAAAUACAGAUUCUUCUUUCCAAGGCAAUUGUAAAUCUCAGGAGGUUUGGACAACUGACAUUUCUCGUAGCUGUCUAGAAUCUACUCCAAGACGUAGGACUUGUGGCAAUGUUGGGUCAUGUAAAUCUUCACACCUUUUAGGCAGCCGUCGAAAUCUUCAGUCUGAAGAGAAGAAUGAUUUGAGCCAAACUCAAGAAGUAGAAAAGCAUAAAAGGAAAAGGGGAAAAAAGUGUACAGAAUCUAUGGAGUGCCUUAAUACCAGCAAGACUUCAGCUGAUUUGGAUGUUAAUAUAAAAUCAAGCAACCGAUCAAAUGUAGGAAGUCUUGUAGAACAAAACAGUCCUGAACAACCUUUUAGGAGCUCUUUAUUUGGGUCAGCACUGGAUGGGCAAAUGAGCCCUAUUAAUGGAUGUAACCAGGAAUAUAAUACUUUGGACAGUCCUCAGACAACCUGUCCUAUUGCCAUAAUGACUAAGGAGGGAGCAUUAAGUCCUUUAAACAUUAAGGAAGAGGAGGGAACUGCAAUGCCUGAAACUCUAUUUGCAUCAUCAUCGUUUGAAAUUGAUGAAGUGGGAAUACAAUCAUCCUCUUUGUUGUCAGUAGAGUUCACUUCAAUAGACUCCCUUUCAACAAGCAAAUUCACAGAAGAGGAGAACGAUGAGGAAGAUGAUGAAAACCUUCCGAGCAUAUUGGUGCACCAAGAGCAAUGGUCAGUCGCUGAAGGAAUGUUGGUAUGGUGUAAAUUCCAAAAGUACCCAAAUUGGCCUGCAGUGGUAAGAAGUGUAAAGCCCAGGAUCAAGAAGGCCAGCAUAUUGUUUGUAGAUGAAAAUAUAAUCAAUGCAGAAAGGAAUAAAAAAGGAUUUUGUGUGUCCAUAAGAACCCUAAAACCAUUUGAUUGUGAGGAUCGACAAAAAUUUACAGCUGCAGCAAGGCAUGUUUACAAGAAUUCAAUUGAUUGGUGUGUGGCUCUAAUCGAUGACUAUCGAAUUAGAAGAGGUUGUGGGUCCUUCACAGGUUCCUUUGUUGAGUAUUGCACAGCUGAACUCAGUAUCCCAGUACGAAAAUCAUUUGGACAAGAUCCUUCAUUAAUGACUUUUCCAUCCAGUUCAAUUGCUAGUCAGGUAGAAGGCCAUUCUGAUUCAGAAUACGAGACCACACCAGCCAGAUGCCAGCCUACCAAGAAACUGCUCCCUGAUAGGAAGAAAGCUGCCAGGGAUCGAGCAAAUGAAAAACUUGUGCAAUUCAUUGUCAAGGCCAGGGGUGUGGAGAAGCACCUUCAAGAUGUAAUUAAGGGGAGAAAACAUUCCAAGUGGCUUGAGGAGUUCAAAACCCGUACCCGCAACUCAAGUGUUAUUGACACAUACCUUGAAGAUGACUGGCAGGUGGAUAAAGUGAUCAACUACUUGAAAAGUGUCUAUGAAAUGAGUGUGAGCACAGAGCUGUUGUUAGACUAUGAGAGGUCUAGGUUUAUCUUGGAUGUUCUCUUGCCAGAGGCCAUUAUUUGUGCCAUUGCAGAGGUUGAACAAAUGAGCAUCAAGAAAGCAGAGGAAAAGUAUAUGAAAGGGCCUCUUCACAGUGAAAGGGAAGUUGAACAUUUUAACAAGGAGAUUGAAAAAGAAAUGAAGCUGAAACAACAGCAUUUGAAUGAGGAGGAAUCCACAAAUUAAAGCUUUCAUUCUUGAAAUGAACAUAAUAUAUAUAUAUAAAAUUGAAUGAAAUCCAUAUUUUUGUGCAUCAAAGUAAUGUGAUUUUUGAUAAAGAUUUGUUUCUUAUAAAAAUUGUUGAAGCCAAGGGUGUACAGCUAACUUGGGAGUUAAAAUAUUGUAAAUAUCCUAUCAGAGGAGGGUUACUAAUCAGAACAGACUUAAGUACUUUGGGUUUGAGUUUAUUUUUUACUUUUUAAGUGACAAGCCAUAUCAUUUCACAAUACUUGGCAUUCUGCAGGUGCAGCAUAAAUUGAAAUCUUCCUCCUUAUUUCCUGUUCUCAAACACACAGUAUUUGUGAAUUGUUGGUGUAUUUGCUUUUGGGUUGCAACGAUAUUUCUCCCUGGACUGAAUAAUUGUGAUAUCGGGCUUUACUGAUGCAGUCACUGAAUGCAAAGCUUAAUACACGAGGACAUUGGCAAAAAUCUUGCAUUUGGAGAAACUUUUGGUGCAUUUUAUCAUCUCUGUAUACAGUGGUAGUUGAACAUGCAACUGUUUUUGUAAAUAGAGCUAAUGUUUUCAGUUAUCAAAAUGUAAUGAGAAGUGAUGCAUGUUACAUUUGAAUAACUUUUUAUAAAAUGAAUACCCCAUUA